UCUGGUCAUCCCCGGCAAUUUGCCCUAGUUGCUGGAGACGGAAGCCGAGCGGGAGCGCUGGCUGCCGCGGCGGCGCGAGAAUGGGGGACUCCAAAGUGAAAGUGGCCGUGCGGAUCCGGCCCAUGAACCGACGGGAAUUUGACCUGCAUACCAAAUGUGUGGUGGAUGUAGAUGCAAAUAAAGUUAUUCUUUACCCUGCAAAUACUAAUCUUUCCAAAGGAGAUGUCAGGGGCCAGCCAAAGGUAUUUGCUUAUGAUCAUUGCUUCUGGUCUAUGGAUGAAUCUGUCAAAGAAAAGUACGCAGGUCAGGAUGCUGUUUUUCAGUGCCUUGGAGAAAAUAUCCUUCAAAAUGCCUUUGAUGGCUACAAUGCAUGUAUCUUUGCCUAUGGACAAACUGGGUCUGGAAAAUCUUACACAAUGAUGGGUACUGCUGACCAACCUGGAUUAAUCCCAAGACUUUGCAGUGGUCUUUUUGAAAGAAGUCAGAAAGAGGAGAAUGAAGAGCAGAGUUUUAAAGUUGAAGUAUCCUACAUGGAAAUCUAUAAUGAGAAAGUUAGAGACCUCUUGGAUCCCAAAGGAAGCCGUCAAACCUUGAAAGUCAGAGAACACAGUGUACUGGGUCCUUAUGUGGAUGGGCUUUCUAAACUGGCUGUCACAAGUUACAAGGAUAUCGAAUCCUUGAUGUCAGAAGGCAAUAAGUCCCGAACAGUUGCUGCAACCAAUAUGAACGAGGAAAGCAGUCGAUCACAUGCUGUCUUCAAAAUCAUUCUGACCCAUACUUUGUAUGAUGUGCAAUCUGGGACAUCAGGAGAGAAAGUGGGCAAACUAAGUCUAGUCGACUUAGCAGGCAGUGAAAGAGCCACAAAAACAGGAGCUGCAGGUGACAGGCUGAAGGAAGGAAGCAACAUUAACAAGUCCCUCACCACUCUUGGUCUGGUUAUCUCAGCCCUUGCAGAUCAGGGUGCUGGAAGAAACAAGAACAAAUUUGUUCCAUAUCGUGACUCUGUCCUCACCUGGCUCUUAAAAGAUAGUCUUGGGGGUAACAGCAAGACAGCCAUGGUGGCCACAGUCAGUCCUGCAGCUGAUAACUACGAUGAGACCCUGUCAACUCUGAGGUAUGCUGACAGAGCCAAAAACAUUGUGAACCAUGCAGUAGUGAAUGAAGACCCUAAUGCACGGAUCAUCCGGGAUCUCCGAGAGGAAGUAGAAAAGCUCCGAGAACAGCUAACCAAAGCAGAGGCCAUGAAAUCCCCAGAGCUAAAGGAUCGGCUAGAAGAAUCGGAGAAAUUGAUUCAAGAAAUGACUGUAACCUGGGAAGAGAAAUUAAGAAAAACAGAAGAGAUUGCUCAGGAACGACAAAAACAGCUGGAGAGUCUUGGAAUAUCUCUUCAGUCUUCAGGAAUCAAAGUUGGGGAUAAUAAAUGUUUUCUUGUCAACCUGAAUGCUGAUCCUGCCCUCAAUGAACUGCUGGUUUAUUAUUUAAAGGAACAUACUUUAAUAGGAUCUGCUAAUUCCCAAGAUAUCCAGCUCUGUGGAAUGGGAAUUCUGCCUGAACAUUGUAUUAUAGACAUCACUCCAGAGGGCCAAGUUAUUCUAACUCCUCAGAAAAACACCAGGACAUUUGUAAAUGGUUCUUCUGUUGCAAGUCCUAUACAGUUACAUCAUGGAGACCGAAUCCUAUGGGGAAACAACCACUUUUUCAGACUCAAUUUGCCUAAAAAGAAAAAGAAAAUAGAUAAAGAAGAAGAUGAGGAUCAAGACAAUUCUGUGAAGAAUAGCAGCAGUGUGGAGCAGCUGGAUGUAGAUGGAGACACUUCAAGUGAAGUGUCCAGUGAAAUUAAUUUCAAUUAUGAGUAUGCACAAAUGGAAGUGACUAUGAAAGCUCUGGGGAACAAUGAUCCAAUGCAGUCCAUCUUGUAUAGCUUAGAGCAGCAGCAUGAAGAAGAGAAGCGGUCAGCAUUGGAACGUCAGAGACUGAUGUAUGAACAUGAGCUCGAGCAGCUAAGAAGGAGGCUUUCUCCUGAGAAACAGCCCUACCGUAGUAGCAUGGACAAGUUCCCCUUCCAUUCUCCCAGUGCUCAGCAACGCUUAAGACAAUGGGCAGAAGAAAGAGAAGCAACAUUGAACAACAGCUUGAUGAAACUGAGAGAGCAGAUUGUUAAAGCCAAUCUCUUAGUGAGAGAAGCUAGUUUCAUUGCAGAGGAACUGGAUAAAAGAACAGAAUAUAAAGUCACCUUACAGAUUCCAGCCUCCAGCCUUGAUGCUAACAGGAAGCGAGGCUCACUUCUCAGUGAACCUGCAAUCCAAGUGAGAAGGAAAGGCAAAGGCAAACAGAUAUGGUCCUUAGAGAAACUAGACAACAGAUUAUUGGACAUGAGGGACCUUUAUCAGGAGUGGAAAGAAUGUGAUGAAGAUAAUCCAGUAACAAGGUCUUACUUCAAGCGAGCUGAUCCAUUCUAUGAUGAACAAGAGAACCAUAGUCUUAUUGGUGUGGCCAAUGUUUUCCUUAGCUCUCUUUUUUAUGAUGUGAAGUUACAAUAUGCUGUGCCAAUCAUCAACCAAAAAGGAGAGGUAGCAGGUCGGCUACAUGUGGAAGUGGUGCAGAUCAGUGGUGCUAUUGGAGAGCGAAUUGCUGGGGGGGAUGACGGUGUGGAGUUUUCAUUUGAUAAGGACACACAGGAUCACAAACUAGUCUGCAUGGUUAAAAUACUUCAAGCUACCGGUUUGCCACAACAUCUCUCCAAUUUUGUGUUCUGUAAAUACAGCUUUUGGGAUCAGCAGGAACCAAUUACUGUUGCACCUGAAGUAGAUACCUCCUCUUCUCCUAUCAGCAAAGAGCCUCAGUGCAUGGUUGUUUUCGAUCACUGCAAUGAGUUUUCGAUCAACAUCUCUGAAGAUUUUAUUGAAUAUCUUUCUGAAGGGGCUUUGGCAAUUGAAGUAUAUGGCCAUAAGAUGACAGACCCUCGAAAAAACCCAGCUCUUUGGGAUUUGGGUAUUAUUCAAGCCAAAACACGGAGUCUUCGGGAUAGGUGGAGUGAAGUCACCAGAAAAGUAGAAUUUUGGGUUCAGAUUUUGGAACAGAACGAAAAUGGGGAAUACGGUCCAGUGGAAGUGAUUCCUGCAAAGGAUGUGCAGACAGGAGGUAUUUUCCAGCUACGUCAGGGGCAGUCACGACGAAUUCAGGUUGAAGUGAAGUCUGUGCAGGAGUCUGGAACUUUGCCACUAAUGGAGGAAUCCAUAAUAUCUGUUGGCGUAGGAUGUGUAAAAAUAAGACCUCUGCGAUCCCCAAAGACUCAUGAGAUUUUCCAUGAGGAAGAUGAUGACAUGGACAGCUAUCAGGACAGGGAUUUGGAGAGACUACGUCGAAAAUGGUUGAACACAUUAACCAAACGUCAAGAAUAUUUGGAUCAACAAUUACAAAAACUUGUCAGUAAGCCUGAUAAAACAGAAGAUGAUGCUGACAGGGAAGCUCAGCUUCUAGAAAUGAGGUUGACUUUAACUGAGGAAAGGAAUGCUGUCAUGGUUCCAUCUGCUGGCAGUGGCAUCCCUGGGGCUCCAGCGGAAUGGACCCCAGUGCUUGGCAUGGAAACUCAUAUUCCUGUUAUCUUUCUUGACUUGAGUGCUGAUGAUUUUAGCUCACAGGAUAAUCUUGAUGACCCAGAACCUGCAGGAUGGGAUGCUACUCUCACUGGUGAAGAAGAGGAAGAGUUUUUUGAACUACAGAUUGUAAAACAUCAUGAAGGAGAGGCAAGAGCAGAAGCCUCCUGGGACUCUGCCGUACAUAACUGUCCACAGCUUAGCAAAGGAGCCACAGCAGAUGAAAGAGUGUUUCUGAUUGUGAGGGUGACAGUCCAGCUCAGCCAUCCUGCUGAAAUGCAGCUGGUUCUCCGCAAACGCAUUUGUGUCAGUGUUCAUGGCCGCCAGGGUUUUGCUCAGAGUCUGCUAAAAAAGAUGUCUCAUCGAAGUUCCAUUCCUGGCUGUGGAGUCACCUUUGAAAUUGUCUCCAAUAUCCCAGAGGAUGCUCAGGGAGCAGAGGAACGAGAAGCAUUAGCAAGAAUGGCAGCUAAUGUUGAAAAUCCAGCCUCAGCAGACUCAGAGGCCUAUAUUGAAAAAUAUUUGCGAAGUGUCUUGGCUGUUGAAAACCUCCUUACUUUGGAUCGUCUUCGUCAGGAAGUUGCUGUGAAGGAGCAGUUAACUGGAAAAGGAAAGUUGAAUAGGAGGAGUAUUAGCUCUCCAAAUGUGAACCGACUCUCUGGAAGCCGACAAGAUCUUAUUCCAACAUACAGUCUAGGUAGUAACAAGGGUCGGUGGGAAAGUCAACAGGAUAUUUCCCAAUCAGAACAUUCCAGAGGGAUGACUCCAGCUCGUCCAUCUCUUUCUGGUUGUCCCCAAGAUAACCAUUCCCCUGAACCAGGACUUGGUGGCUUAGCAGCCUCCUACUUGAAUCCAGUAAAAUCCUUUGUGCCACAGAUGCCAAAGCUGCUUAAGUCCCUCUUUCCUGUCCGAGAUGAGAAAAAGGGCAGACAGCCAUCUCCUCUUGCACAUCAGCCCAUUCCCAGAAUUAUGGUACAACCUGUCAGCAUGGAUAUCAGCAGGACCAAGACAAAACAGGUUACUCAAGAGGAUGAGCGGAAAGAACUGUCUGAAACUACUCUGCCAUCUCCUGCCCUCGGAAAGAAUUCUGAUAAAGUCAACAAAGUGCCUUCCCAGCAGCUCCAUCCUUCCAAUGUCCAGACCCAGGACAUCACAGAGGGUCCUCCCAGCCCCCUGAGUGAAGCCUCUAGUGGUUACUUCUCUCAUAGCGUCUCAACAGCGACUCUCUCUGAGGCCCUUGGAAGCAGCACGGACACCAGUGCUCAUGCUGGCAGUCAGACCCCAAGCGGUCUCUCGAACCCCUUCUGCCAAGGAACACCCGAAGGGGAGGGCCCAUCUCCCCCCGUUACUUCAUCCUCAGAGAGUCUACCUUUGUCUCAGAAAGAGCGUUUGGUUAAUGCAGCAGAAGCACAGACCCAGCCAAUGGAGAACGUCCUAGACGGCAGCUGCGGGGCCUCAGAGCCCAAGGGCUCAGCCCCUCCUCUCAGUCAGAAUGAGCCCCCAGAGGCUGCCUCUCUGGCCAUGGACACCAAGAGCUCUCUUUCCACCCCCACCCAGCAGCAGGAGGUGCCCGGCCGGCUGCCGGCAGCAGAGUCUGGGUCUGUGGCCAGGCUGCCUGCUCGGGCCAAGGACCGGCCCAAGCCAGGCCCCAGCCUUGAGGGCACCAGACCCCCACCACCCCCCAACUUACUCUCUCCAUCUUCUGCUGUGGCUUCCCCAUUUAAAAUCCAGAAGGUGAGAACGUCAGAGCUAAAGUCGUUCACACAGAUGCUGGGGGACUGUACCUCCGGGAGCAGUGAAGACCAGGGGACCUCGGAAGGUCCCCACAGCCCAGGAGGGACAGCCAGGGAGAAGGCAGAGGCGGCCUCUGAUUCAGAAGAUGCUGAUGAAGUCCCAGAAUGGUUAAAAGAGGGAGAGUAUGUCACUGUGGGCACUAAUAAAACUGGAAUCGUCCGGUAUGUUGGACCAACAGACUUUCAAGAGGGCACCUGGAUUGGAGUAGAGUUAGAUCUCCCUUCAGGUAAGAACGAUGGCUCCAUUGGGGGAAAGCAGUAUUUCAAAUGCAAUCCUGGUUACGGUCUCCUGGUGAAGCCGGGCCGGAUCAAGAAAGCGCAGGGCCCAGCCCGGAGGCGCAGUGCUGGCCUGCGGCUUCAGGGUGUGACCUCUGAGCACCGCAAGAGUGGCAGCUUGUCGGGCUCGGCCUCCAACUUGGCUUCGCUGACGGCCCUGGCCAAGGCCGAAGGGGGUUCUGCGCUGCGCCCCGACAAGAGCCAGAAGGCCACGGAAAACCGCAAGUCUUGGGCCAGUUAAAUGGGCUCCGGCCAGCCGGGAGCGACUCCUUUCCUAGGCCCACGCUAACGAGGAUUCUGGGAAAGCUUUUCCCGCCCCCCCCUUUCCAAGCCCUCUGUGAUUGCCACAGUGCAACCGCAUGGCCCUUCCUAGUCGUAAAGCUGCUGCGCGGUUAAAACCUGUCUUGGAGUCUGUAACAUCCCAGCCUUGGGCGCUGGAGCCUCAGAAGCAAGCCCAGGGCCUCCUCUGGCCUCCCUGGGACACAGGCUUCUGGACUUAUCAUCCCCGGGUUUUUACUGGCCUCAGGCGCUCUUUCCUGGAUUCAGCCAAAAGCGGGCAAUGGGAAGCCUCUCCUAAGUGGGGGGAGGGGGAAGAGAGGCUCUGGGAGGCACGGCCCCCUCCACCGGCCCUCACUGGGCCUUUGGGUUAUGCUUUAUUUCUAAUUUCCUGAUGAUUCCACUAACCUCUUCUUUUUCAAGUAUAAUUAAAACUGAGGCCUCCUUUCCCUGCCCCAAAGUAUGCCUUUUUCAUCUCAAAGCUCCUGUUCAGUUUUCAUUCGGUCAUUGAGGCCUUUCUGGGACCAUUCCUUCCUUUCUCCACACCUGAAAAAAGACUCAUUUGAGUGGGGGACUUUUGUUUCCUUAAGCAGCCUCAAACUACAGGGCCUCUCCCUCUUCCCCCCCUUUUCUCCCUUCCUUUCUUUUACAGGGUAUAUGUUAGAAAGACCAUCCUUGCCUUAAACCUGGAAAACUGUUUUAUUUCCCACUGGUGCCCUUAACAGAGUGUUUGGAUAGUAUUUAUUUGUAUUUAUUGUUUUUUAAUCCUAAAUAAUGUGCGAGCUACAAUCUUUCACUGCCUUCCAUAGACCUGGGUGCCUUUGCCUGAACACAGAGCCUGCUUGGGGCCUCCAGGAGGUUCUCACAGCCGUGUCCAGAAGGGGUUGGCUGCUGGCCACAAUCUGACUGGAGGUGGGAUGGGGAGGAGAGGGUACUUUUGGCUAUCCUUACUUUUAUUUUCAGAUACACAAGUGGCCUUAUCUAAAUGAAAUGAACGCAAAAAUGAUUUCACAGAAUUCUGUAACUUCCGUGUUUUUGAUAGAGUCACCAGGGAUGUGGGGAGAGAAGAGGGUAGGCUUUCUACUUCUGUUUUGUUUGUUUCUGGGACAGUCCAGAAGCUAGUGACUGAGUGCAAGCCCCAGACAUUGCAUUUGGGGGUGGGGGUGGGGGAGUGGGCACACAGGGUUCUCUUUCCUUUCUAUCUAUAUGCACAUCUUUAGUAGGAAUCCUUAACUGGUGCUAAAUUUUGGGGAGGCUGUGGUCCUAUAUGGCGAAAAAGCCUUUAUUGAAAGUUAGCAUUUCUUCCAAGACAUGAAUGUAGGCAACAGCAUCCUGAGAAGAGGUCCGAAGGCUUCACCUGACCCCUGUGACCCAGGCUACAGGCCACACUGUCUCUCUCUCUUUCAUCUGCUGUAAGAUCUUUGAGACUGGGUCCCAGAGGCUGGAGACCUGGAGGGGGUUCUGGGUACCAUCCUGGACUGCUAAGAAUCUCUUUUCCUUAAAGACCUCUUCUCUGGUCAGCAUCAUCUUUUCCAUCCCUUAGCGAAGUGGCCGGAAGCAGAGCAGCCCUCAGAGGAAGCUGGCAGUGAAAGGAAGGAGGGAAGGACAUUCUAGAGAGGAAGGAACUGGGGGCUUUUAUGUUGGAACUUCUGUCCACAAAUGAGGUCAACAAGACAAGUUAAGCAGCUAGAGGAAAAGGAGCAUGUUUUGGAUGCCCAGGAACUUCACUUCAAGAUUCUAGGACCCCCCCAAGUAUAGCAACUAAGUGGUUCUCUAAUCUUUGCAUCUUCCCCAGAGCCCAGCACCGGGCUGGAUGUUAAAUUCAUGCUUAAUAAAUGUUUGACAAGUUGAAUUAAUAAAGUUGAUUCUAAAAUAACAGUCCUUACAUUAUCUGCCCUCCCUACCCCCACCCCCAAGAGCCUUGAAUAUGAGUGCUCAGAAAACAUUAAUUUUGUUUGCACAUUGUUCCCUUAUGAUCAUGUGACUGAUUCUUAUGUUUGGAAGCAUCUCAUUGGGAAAUGUCUUGGACUCCUAGGGAAUUUGAAGUUACCUAUGAAGAGGGACGGUAAAAGUUGUCAGCAUCCCCACAGGGCCAUUGGGGUGAUCUUAGUGGAUUCUGCAGGGAAAUCGCAAGGGGGGGAGGGGGGCAAUGGAUCGGAAUCCACAGGGAAUGUGUCCUUGGCAAUAGCUCUGGGGGCGUGUGGGACAAGUAGAGUCAAGACCUGGCUUUAAAUCCUGGCUCUGGGGUCCCCUGCCAGCUGGCCUCAGGGAGGUGAUCCCCCUUGGGGCUUCCUCAUAUGUUUUUUGUGAAAUGUGAGCAUUGUGCUGGAUGAGCUCUACUGCCUAAUCCUUAAAACUGAGGGUGGGGGGAGGUUCCCUUUCUUUGUCUCAGGCUCAUUGUCUGUAAAUUGAUGGGAUUGGGUGAGGGUAUCCUGAAGCCUCCCUCUAGCUACAGAUGCUAUGAUCUUUGCUAUGAAUGCCUCAUAGGACAAAGGGGAAUGAUGUUCUGCAAUGGAAUGUCCUGGCAAUUAGUUUUCAGGGGAGAGGGGAAAAAUUAUCAGCGGCACUCACAAUCCAGACAUUUGAUUGUUAAAUAGCUGGGUGACGCUCUGUGAAGAAGCUUAAGAUUAAUUAACUUCCAUUAAUUAAAAUCCUAGUAAUUGCUUGCAACGCUGCCUUAAAUUAAACUUCUUUAAUAAUCAGCUGUUUUCCAAGUGAUUUGCCUUUUUCUUCUCCUAAUCCCCCUUGUUAGGUACAGUUGGACUGAGGAGGGUGUAACAUUUGUAACAAAACUGUUUUGAACAUAAAAUUUUGGGCCAAAGUUGUCCACAUUACCCCUGACUUUGUGGGCUCUCCACUAGUGGGUUCCCUGUUAUCCCCUGUGGCAGGCAAGGUGGUGCAUGCCCAGCCUGAGUGCUCCUGGCCACCUUGGAUGCCAGGUGGUGCCCAUUUGGGUCCAGGAAGAACACUGACCAACAGGCUGCUAGAAGCCUCUGAGCUCCAUUUGGGCAGCAUCCAGGGGUGAACAAAGGGUAUUCUGGGGUGUCCAGCCUGAAGGGGACUGUGGAGAUGGGACUCUGCCUUCUCAUUUUACACCUGGGGAAACUGAGACCCGGAAAGGGCAGACAAGCCUGUGUCAGGAGCAAGACUAGAGCCCAAGCUUUCAGCCACCUCUCCUGACCAGCUCUCCCCACCUCCCUCAGGCGGGGGGCCUCCCAGAGACUCCACAGGGGACCCCUGCAAAGUUGCUAUCUGCCUUUAAAAGAGGCUGGUGAUGUUCUGGGGAGGGUGCAGGCAGUGGAAAGGGGGAGAAAGGGAGUGGGGAAGGGGGUCCUCUGCUCGUGCUGCUCAUCCACCCAGCCAGGGCUGUUUUCUUUCUCUUCAGUGUUGUCACUCUUGGAGACUAGCUUCUCUGUGCACCUGAGGCUGAGGCUGUUCUCCUUCCCUGUGAGCCUGGCUUCCCCGGGUCUGAGCUCAGUCGGGAAGUUGGUGUUUAGCCUCUCCAAACAGUUUGAAUUUGUGCUGGUUGGCAGUUUCAUAGCAAGGCCCUCAUUUUUAUUCUUGUCACCAACUUAGAGUUUGGGGGGCCCCUGCUCUGUGUGUUUCAGUGGAUAUGGUGCUGUCACUUCUGUGUCUUAUUUUCCACUUAACCUCCCCAGAAAGUCAUUUAAAAAAUCUCUUUUUGGGUCAAGAAUCUCAUCUUCUUUAUUCCUAUCAAUAAAAUUGACAUCACUUUUAAGUCCCUGCAGAAAGGUAUUUCUCCAUCGAGAUUGGGGAGCCCCAAGCCUGCUCGGGCCGACGACUCUCAUAUUCUAGGGUGGUAUUUACACCCGUUACUUUUGUUUUUGUUUGAUCAUCAUGUCUUGUCUCUGGAAGAAGCAGCCCCUGCAGGACUAACCUGAGGGGACCGAGCCCCCUUUGUGGUGGAAUUAUGGCUCUGAGUAGACGUGUGUGGAGGCACCUGGGCAGCAGCUAAUCCCACCUUUGGCUUCAGGGCUGGUGUCAUUGACCCUUAGCAGGGUCAGGGAGCAGAAGGAAAGGUUUCUUUACUUUUGUGACAGCUCCAGCUUCUGUUUUUUCCCUUUUAAGUCUUGUUUCUGUGGUCUUCACUUUAAUUGAGAAAUCCAUUAUUACCCCCAGGCCUUAAAUAUUCCCAUCCAUGUUUCUGGAAGACUUUCCAGGAUGCUUGGACUCUGCUGCCUCAAUAUUUAAACUUGUGAUUCCUGACUUUGAUCCUAUGAACAGACUGCUCACCUGAACCACAGGUUCAGACCAGUUGAUAUUCACUUAGGUUUUUGCUUUGAGGGUGGGAUUUUCAUGCACUUUAUAUGGGAAUAGACCUCUCCUUGCUAGAAUUUCUGCAGGCAGUGGCCACGAUAUUGGUGUGAGGUGGAGUUUUACAUCCUUGGCCAGGAUCCCAAGGACAAUUGCACAUUGCUUAGGAUAAAGCAUAUUUGUGUGAUGGGACUGCUUUAUACUCAAAGUCUCUCUCAGGAUGCAUCUUGGAAGUAAUUCUGUAAACUCCUGAUUUACUAAUAUCAUCCCAGCAGUGAAGGUUAAUAUGACAUUUCAUAGUCUACAAGUGAAUUGGAAUGCGUGAGUCUGAGCUCUUUCUAGGAGAUAGUGGUCGAAGCCACGAUGGUGGGUGUCCACCUUGUACAGCCUUGGGCUCUCAGUAAUCAGUGCCAUGUGAGCCAGGUGGACUCCGGGGACCUCAGCUUGCAGCAGUGUUGGGUUAUCUAGCCCCAGAUGCAACUCCCAGAGCAUGACUGCGCUACUGGCAGCCUAUUGAAUUCCUGAUGGAUCCUUAACUCCCACCACUUUGGCCCCAGAGUUCUUGAGCUAACCUGGUGCUUUCAGAGUGCCUUCUCCCUGAGACUGUCUCCUGAAUCAAGGGAGAGAAAUUCCAAAUGAGCCCCAAGCCCCUUUUAAGUGAUUUUUCCUUGAGGCAAGCAGCUUAAAAAAUAAGACACUACUUCAGUCUAUUUCAUCAGGUUCUAAAAAACUUAUUUUUAAUAAUUGUUAAUUUUGUUUUUUGUUUUUACUCAGAAAUAUCACAAACUCACUAUCAGCUAUCUAAUUGUGUCUGGGAGUGUCCCUAAGGUUUAUUGGGAGAAUGGGGCAAAGAGAGUACUUGGGAAUGGCCUGGGGUUUCUCUCUUUUGGGAAAAAGGUCUGUGGGACUGAGUUGUGUGUAUGUGUGUGUGUGCACGCACGCGCGCACGGGCACACUCAUGGUUUCAGGCCAUAGGGUGUGGCCCCCUCUUUUUUUUCUUUUCUUUUUUUUUAAGCAUUUCUUUCAAGGAAAUGUCAGGCUGGAAAUGUUCAAGGCCUUUCCCUCAGGUUUUUGCAGUUAUUUUGGAUUGAGUUUACUUUUAGCAGGCAAGGAAGGGGCAGGACAGAUGGCUUGGGACCUCUCAGAGAAGGAAAUGGGAAGGGAAUGUUCACAGGUAUGGGUCACGAAGGAGGGAAAGGCUGAGAGAAGGCAUGACCCGUGGUGAGGGGCAGUGGGGGGCUCCCCCACAGGGAGUCCUGGAUCUCUUCUGCCUUUGGGGACAGACACGCCACUUCUGCACUCUUUCACAGAUAAGGCUGGAUGGAGACUCCUUGCCUUUUUCCUCCUGUGGGAAUGGGCCGCACCUCUCCUUGUACUCUCAUCCAUUCUUUUGUGUCUGCAAAGGGCUCCCCUUCUGUCCCUGCAUCCAUGCAGCAGCUGGGCUGGGCAGCCGCCUUCUGUACCUUGGGGCCCGACAAGUUGAAGAUGUUCUUCAUUGGGCUUAUUCUGCUCAGGCCUUAGUUUCUGAAAGUCCCCAGUAUUACCAGUUACUUUCAGGCUGGGGGGUAGGAGAGAGGAGGUAGGUUGGUCUGAUUUUUAUCCUGAAGAUGUUGAUUUUAUUGGAGUCCAGAUUAUCUGCUUUUAUACCGUAGUCUACAAUACCUUCCUUUUUUGUUAUUGACACUAAUGUAAUCGACUGUGUUGGGAGAGGCUUGUGCACCAUCUUUCUCAUUGUGGAUUUUUGUAAAUGUGGUGGGUUUGCUGUACAUAGUAAAAGGCUCUUCAGAUUUGGGGCUUAUGUUGAUUUUGUAUGCAUCAACUGAGAGUUAAAAAUCCAAAGACAAUGUAAUGAAUUGUAAAAAUUUUAAUGAUUUAUACUGUAUAAUAAACUAAACUAUUGUAAUAUUGUAUCAUAAACUUGAUGUGACCAACAGCAUCUAAAUAAAAUAAAAAUUAUUCCUUGGCCAUAUAGAAA